AUGCCAAACUGUUCAGACGAUGGCUGGGUGAAACCAAGGCAUGAAGCUCCAAAAAUGCACCCAGAGGUACACAGUGAAGUGUCAGUCAGGACAGAUGCGAAAGGAGAUAUUGUUCCUGUGCUGUGUCUCAGGCUAACGCAGCCUUCUGAUGGGAGCAUAUUCAGUUUAGGAGGAAGUGAGGUGCAUGUGCUUGAAGUUGCCACAGGCAGGAGCCUUUGUAUUCGCUGCAUUCUCAGGGACAGGCUUUCCACGAUCUCAAUGUCCGAACAUGAGCCAUGGUCUUUUGUCUUAGACCGAAUUGUGAUUGAGCCAGGAUUGAAAUAUCAGAUUUCUGUAUCUAAUUUACCAAAGCCAGAUGUGGGGAGACACCCAAGAGUGCAAACUAUAAUAGUUCCAGGGUGUGAAGAUGCUGAAUUCAGAAGGCUUAGAGUGUGCUUGGAGAAUGGUAGCCUCUGGGAUCCCAACCUCACUUGGUCCGUAUUAGACCAUGGGUGGAACGGUGGAGUGGUUGCCAUGACGUUUAACACAGGACUGUUCUCUGACCUGUUCAGAGUGGCCAUUCACCAGCCCGAUAUUCACUCCGACCUCUCACUCAUGGUGUCAAAGGACAACCUUACUUCAAUCAGUGUCAACUUCUCUCUGGAGGCUUGGCAGUUACAACUAUGUGACUUUGUCUUUGUAAUUAAACCAUUUUUUGUACGAUGCAUGAAUAACUGUUUGGAUUACCAACAAAAUGUUCACAUCUGUUCAGCUGUAUCCAUAAUUAAUUGUGUUAGACUACUCUUUAUUUCAGGCAAUAAUUUGCCACCCAGCAACAGACACCUCAUGGCUUGGAUAGUGCCUGGUUUAGCAGGAUUGGUGGUGUGCGCUUUUAUGGCUGUUUUGCUAAAUAGCAACUCAAAAGAGGACAUGUCAUCUUCUUCUCAUGACGUCACUGAUAAGGAUGAGCCAAAGAGCAUUCUCAUACAAGAGCCUAGCAAAGUUCUCAUCAUCUACUCUCUGGACCACCCCAUGUACAAGGACAUCGUCUUAAAGCUGUGUGCCUUUCUAAGGGCCAAGUGUGGCACUGAUGCUACUCUGGACCUGCUGGACUCCUCCUGGAUCAGUACUAUAGGCAGGAUGCAGUGGCUGGACAUGCAGAGGGCGAGUCUCACCAGGUCUUCAGACAAAGUGCUGCUUUUAUGUUCUCCAGGGGUGCAGGCGAAAUGGAAGGCCAUGUGCAGGGGCGUCAGGGUCGUGACGAGGGAGGAUGCCCGCACACCCAUGGGUGACAUGCUCACGCCUGCCCUCAGCCUCAUCACACCAGAUUUCAUGCAUGUUUUAUCUUUCCAGAAGUACAUUGUGGCUUAUUUUGAGGACAUCUGUAGUGAGAGGGACAUUCCUGCUCCCUUUAAUGUGGCAGUGAAGUACCAGCUAAUGAAACACUUUGAGGAGAUAUUUUUCAGGCUCCUAGACAAGGAAAAGCAUGAACCUGGAAGGAUUAAACAUGUCGAGGGCAUCAGGGGGGAUGAGUACCACAGCUGUCCAUCUGGGAGGGCGUUGAGAGAUGCCAUCGAGGCGUUUCGGGCAUACCAGCUGGUGAACCCAGACUGGUUUGAAAUGGAGAUUGUAGAUGCAGAUGAAGACAUCACACUAGAGCAGGACGAAGAUGUAAAAAUCAACUGUAACCGUGUCCUUCAAAACGAGCUACAGGUCACAGAGAUUGUGACUCGUGUAGUCAUCAGUGAGAUGACAAGUCCAAGGCACGAGCCAGAGGAGUCUUUGACUAUGGUUAUGCAUGUCGUUCCAACAUGA